ACGCAAAUAUAACAGACACGGUGCAAAGGAAGUGUUCGUUAUUUUGGUCAUAUUUCACGGCGAUAUGAUCGAGGGUGCGAUCGGUAAGAAUUAGUAAUAAGAAGUAACGAUAACCAAUAAAGUUACACGAAGACAAUUCUUAUAGACUAUAGCCAUGUUUUACUUUGCUAACGUAAAGUGUUGGCUAAAAUAGCAUCUCUCAGCCGAUUAGCUUAGCAAGCUAACUUGACUGUCAGUUAACCUGCUAGCUACUUAGCUAACCAACAAUUUACGUAUGAUGCAUUAACGUUAGCGUCGUUCCCAGUAAGGAAGUUUUGCCAGCAGCGCGUCUAACUAACUAGCGAACUAACUGCUACCAUCUUCUACCAUAUUCCGUCUUUGAACCAUCCAGUGUACCAUCUUGAGUGAAGUACCCCCAUCCAAAGACAUGGAACAGCACGACGCCUACCAGCACAAAAAUGUAAAGGGAGAAGAAACACAAGAGGAGACUGAUAUUGCUCUGAAUGUAAAAGAGCACCACCCAGAAGAUUCAGCUUCAUCAUCUGCAUCCACAAGCAGAGAGACUAAAACCAACAAUGGUGAAGACAAGGAGCAGACUGAUGUUAAAAACAGUGAAUUAGCUGAAAAGAAGAAGGCUUCUUCUCCAGAUGAGGCCAGCAUGCAGAAUGUGGAGGGGAACAGCACCCCACCUCAGGCUGAUGAUGGAAGUCAUGGUGACAACAGAGAGACACAGAGAAAUGAGCAGCUGACCAAGACAGGUCAGGAGAUUUCCAGAGAGUACCACACUGGGGAGAGUAAAGCACUAGAAACAACCACUCCACCGAACCCGGGUGACAGAAAGGGUGACCAAGUAGAUGGACCCAAAGCUAGACAUGGUGCAGAAACCCCAGGCACUAACAACAUAAACACUGUAGCUAGUGACGACAGUGAAUUAGCUGAAAAGAAGAAGGCUUCUUCUCCAGAUGAGGCCAGCAUGCAGAAUGUGGAGGGGAACAGCACCCCACCUCAGGCUGAUGAUGGAAGUCAUGGUGACAACAGAGAGACACAGAGAAAUGAGCAGCUGACCAAGACAGGUCAGGAGAUUUCCAGAGAGUACCACACUGGGGAGAGUAAAGCACUAGAAACAACCACUCCACCGAACCCGGGUGACAGAAAGGAUGACCAAGUAGAUGGACCCAAAGCUAGACAUGGUGCAGAAACCCCAGGCACUAACAACAUAAACACUGUAGCUAGUGACGGUGAGUCUGACAUUUUUGAAAUUUCAAUGACUGGAGAAUUUCUUUAUCCUUUAGCUUUCUGCUAUGGGGUGCUGAGUUUCUGGGAGUUCCAGUCUAACACAAUAGGCAGUGUUCACUGGUGGGAAGCCAGUGAGGGAGUAUCAACAUGUAGCUACACAAGAGACUUGCAGUGGUUGGGGUGUGUGUUUAGUUUAGUUUGUGUUAAUCUGUUUUUCUCCUCCUAUUGGUCAGAUGACGGAAGAGGCCUGGUAAAGGUUUCAGAUUCUGAGGAAGAAAAGGAUAUCCAGGAGAAACCAACCUCCCCACAGAUAGCAGUGCCACAGCAAAUCUCAGUUGAGGAAGAGAGAGAUCAACAGACAGAUAAUGUUGAAACCAUUGGCCCUACUACUGAGGAGACUACUGAACCUAUAGUUCCAGUGGGUACUGGAAUUUUUGGAGAACGUAAAAUAUACCUGAUGGGUAUAGGUAUAGUGUUAGUUCUUGCCAUCCUGGUGCAGUAUCUCCUCCAACCUGAGUCUCCACCUCAGAAAAACGAUACACAGCAAAUAGAAAUCUUCCUCAGGCAGAUGGAAAAAGUGAAGACUCAGUUCCCUAACCAGCGUGCUGAGCUCUGGAUUAGGAGCAAGAUCCACCUGCUGAGGCACCUCCGGGCAGCCCAGCCCACAGAGCCAGUCAGUCUGAUCCUGACUGCGGGCCUCAAAGCUGAGAAGACACUGCACUGCCUGGCUCAGAGUCUGGCCUCCGCCUUCUCUUCUGCCCUCAACGCCUCCGUCCUCCACAUCGAUGGAGCCAGCAAAGCCAGCCAGGACAGCGAUGAGGUCAAACUGGACAUAGACAACCAGUUGCAGGGAGCUUUCGAAGGAGACAAACCCGUGGCUGUCAUUCACCGCUUCGAGGAGCUGCCUCCAGGCUCCACCCUGAUCUUUUAUCGCUACUGUGACCAUGAGAACGCCGCCUACAAGAAGACUUGUCUGAUGUUCACAGUACUGCUGGGGGAAGAAGAGGAGAUUCCUGCCAACAGUCAUUUGAGUAUUGUGGAGGAGAUGGUGGACGACCAUCUUCAGAAGAAGUUCCUCUCUGGUGACCAUCCUAUAUCUUUUGACAGGAUGGACCUUAACAAGUAUGGUGGACUAUGGAGUCGUAUUUCUCACCUCAUCCUUCCUGUGGCAGCAGAGGAAAGGAUUGAACAUGAAGGAUGCUAGGGGACAUAAAUAAUCACUUUUGCACUAAACUACGACCUACCUAUCAGAUUUCUGACUGGGUGACUUACUAGUCAUUCUGAGGCUAGUAGCAAUGGUUUUAAAGACUCAAAGGUUUCUUACAUAUAUCGAUGCUCACUACAGAUGAAGGCAUCAGAUUAUGCUAUGGGAUAUUUGUAAGACUUUCUGUGGACAAUUGUCAAGAAAAAAUGUUUGACAAAAAGGCUGUGGUGCUUGAUUGUUCAUGUUUAUAAUUAUGGAGAAAUUGCAAAAUGAAAGCGAUUCAAUUGGGGGCUUUGUGGAUUUGAUGGUGUGUGCAAUUUUGAUGGUAACUGCUGCAAUUUGUGUACUUUUAAAAUGUUAUUUCAUGUAAGACUUGAUUGUUUUCCUAUGGAUAAUCACCAAGAGCUACAAGGCAGAACUGUUCUUUUGGUAUCACAACACAGGGUUUUUUAUUUUUAUGACAAAUUUCUUUUCUGGAUUCUCAAACCUACAGGGCACCAUGUGCCUUAAUUAAACUUUUCUACAUACAUAUACGUGUAUGGCACUACAGGAAGAAGUUAAUAAAUAAAUAACUGCAUAAAUUGAAUGUGCCUUAAAGUACAAAUAAACAAGUCAAUCUCA